AUGCAUGCUUUAAAACUAGAAGGAAAAGGAACAUAAAUACUGUCCAGUUUCAACUUAUCAAAUACUACAGAACUUUAAUAUGCCCUUGCCGUGUGGACAAUAUGUAGCAUACUAGUUUGUGGACGUGUUUUCAGCAUACUAAUUCGUGGUUCUCGGUCUGACUGCGCCCCAAUGUUCAUGGCGGUGGUUGAUGUUUCACCAUUUCCUUUUGGCCUCAUUUCCCAUCUAUAAAGCAGCACUUAGCAGUGAGGACCCUGUACCCUAUUCAUCCUGUCUAUCCAAGAUUCCCCUUUGUUCACUACCAUGCCUUACGACCAUAUUAUCGUUGCAUUACUGUUCACCAUACACAUCCCUGCGAGCUCAGCCACGACGGACACCAUCUCAGCUGGUCAAGCACUCUCCAUUCGCGACAAGCUCGUCUCCAAAAAUGGCAGGUACGCGCUUGGUUUCUUCGAGGCAAGCAGCAAAUCCUCCCAAAACACUAGCAGCUGGUAUCUUGGCAUAUGGUUCAAUAAUGUCCCCAAAUUUACACAAGCAUGGGUAGCAAACAGGGAUGAUCCAAUCAAGAGCCCCACCUCACUGUUGCUCAAAAUCUCUCAUGAUGGCAACCUUGUUAUCGUAAAUCGGUCAACCGACUCCAUUUUCUGGUCUAGCCAAGCCAACAUGACAAAAAAAAGUACCAUUGCCAUGCUCCUGAAUAGCGGAAACUUUAUCCUAAGGAGCAUCUCAAACUCGUCGGACAUUUUAUGGCAGAGUUUUGACCACCCGACGGAUACAUUUUUCCCUGGGGCAAAGCUUGGUUGGGACAAGAUCACCGGCCUGAAUCGCCGUCUUGUUUCUAACAAAAACUCCUUGAGCCCAGCUACUGGUGUAUACUUUGAGGAGCUAGACCCCAGUGGUGUUAACCAGUUUAUCCUUGCACCAUUGAAUUCGUCUGCACCAUAUUGGUCUAGUGGUGUGUGGAAUGGCCAAUACUUUGCUUCGGUGGCAGAGAUGUUAAGGAACACUAGGCAAGCCGUUAACAGGUCAUUUGUAGACAAUGCUCAUGAGAAAUACUACACAUAUGCAUUAGUAGAUGAAACAACGGUCGUUUAUCAUCACUUGGACGUCUCUGGUCAAAUUAAGACGUCCAUUUGGCUUGAAGGCUCACAAGAUUGGCAUCUGAUCUAUGUCCAACCCAGAGCUCAGUGUGAUGUGUAUGCCGCCUGUGGACCUUUCACAAUUUGCAAUGAUGAUGCGCUUGCUCAUUGCACUUGUAUGAAGGGAUUCACCAUAAGAUCCCCUGAGGAUUGGGAGCUAGAUGAUCGAACGGGUGGAUGCUUGAGAAAUACUCCAUUAGACUGCAUUGAGAAUGGAAGCGUAACAAGUUCCACAGACAAGUUCUACUCUGUGCCAUGUGUUAGUUUGUCCCAAAGUUCCCACAAAGUAGAAGCUGCUCAUAGCAUAGGUGAAUGCGGUCAAGUUUGCCUAGAUAAUUGCUCUUGCUCUGCAUAUUCCUUCAGUGACGGCACAUGUUCUGUUUGGCAUGAAGAACUUCUUAACAUAAGGCAAAUACAGUGUAGUAGCACAGCAAAUUCAAAUGGAGAAACUCUUUACCUUCGCCUUGCUGCUAAAGAUGUGCAAAGUCUAGAGAAAAAAAGGAGAGGAUUUGUUAUUGGAGUUGCCACUGGUACAAGUGUUGCUGCUUUAGGCUUGUUUGUAUUCAUCAUGCUAAUAGUGAUUUGGAGUAACAAAAGGAAGAGCACUGGCCUCAUAUCGAAUAGUGCUCAAGGUUGCAAUGGCAUCAUUGCAUUCCGAUACAUUGAUUUGCAACGUGCAACGAAAAAUUUCUCAGAGAAGCUAGGGCGAGGUGGUUUCGGUUCAGUAUUCAAGGGGUUUCUAAAUGACUCAAUUGCCAUAGCAGUGAAGAGACUCGAUGGUACUCAUCAAAGAGAGAAGCAAUUUAGAGCUGAAGUGAGCUCGAUUGGAAUCAUCCAACAUAUCAAUUUAGUUAAAUUGAUUGGUUUUUGUUGUGAAGGUGCUAGGAGGUUGCUUGUUUAUGAACACAUGCCAAAUGGCUCUCUGGAUAUCCAUAUUUUCCAGAGCCAAGCUGCAGUGCUGAAAUGGAGUACUAGGUAUCAAAUAGCCUUGGGAGUUGCUAGAGGAUUGGCCUACUUGCAUGCUGAUUGCCGCGACUGCAUCAUACAUUGUGACAUUAAGCCAGAAAAUAUUCUCCUUAGUGAUUCAUUUGUCCCAAAAAUCGCAGAUUUCGGAAUGGCCAAGUUUUUGGGAAGAGAUUUCAGCCGCGUCCUAACUACAAUGAGAGGAACUAUAGGAUACCUUGCACCCGAAUGGAUCAGCGGAGUGGCUAUUACACCAAAAGUUGAUGUUUAUGCCUAUGGGAUGGUUUUAUUGGAAAUCGUAUCCGGAAGGAGGAACUCAUAUGUUUCAUGUUCUUGCGGUAGCAAUCAUGACGUUUAUUACCCUGUACAUGUUGCUCGGCAGAUUCUUGAGGGAGAUGUUAGGAGCUUGUUGGAUCACAGAUUAUGCAGUGAAGUGAAUUUGAAAGAAGCUGAAAUUGCUUGCAAGGUUGCAUGUUGGUGCAUUCAAGAUGAUGAGUCCGACCGGCCAACAAUGGGCGAGGUGGUUCAAAUCCUUGAGGGCCUACUUGAAAUCAGCAUACCCCCAAUGCCGAGACUACUUCAAGCUAUCGCUGGAAGCUCACAUUCCACUUGCUUCUAAUUCUCCUUUAGCCAAAUAUUUCUUAAUAUCCAUGGGAAUUUCUUGUACCAUACAGAGCCUUUUAAUUUCCUGUCUUCUCUGUUCUGCAAUAAAAUGUUAUCUACCUUCGUACCUUGCCUGUAUGGUAUAUAAGCACAGUCUCCCUUUCAUGUUA